CAAACCCCCUCGCCUCUCUUCUCUUUUCUCGUCCCUGUUCCUUCGGCUUCCGUUUUCGUUGUUUUAUUCUGUUUCUGUCCCCCCCAAUACACUCUUUAGUCCCUUCUGGGUUUCUUGAUUCUUCUUUUUUUUUUUUUUUGGAAAAAUUUUUGGUUUCUCGUGAUCGUGAGUUCUUGCUCAUCCUAAAGUCAAUAAUAAAAUUUACCAGUUUUUAUCUGAUUGAAUAGCAGAGAACAGAAACGUUUCUGUUUUGGGGUUGUGGGUCGCGGCUUUGGGUUUUAAUUGUAAUGCUCUUUGGUGCAUAUUCAUUAAAGAAGAUAGUAAAAAUCAAGUCUUUUUUAGACAUGGGUUUUUCUAAGUUAGAUCAAAGAUUUCCUUUUGUUUUCCAUUCUCUGUUUCAUCGCCUCAAGAAUAUUGUCUAGUACACUGGAAUACUCGUCUCUGUUUUAUUUUCCCUGUUUCUGUAUUCGAGAAAACAAAAAACAAACAUGGGUGAGGAAGAUGAUAACAGAAACAGAAGCAGAAACAGAAGCAGCAGCACUAGUAGCAAAGCAAUGGAGAGCCUUUCUUUGGAAAUAAACAGAUACCCAAGAGAUCUGUUGCAGAGAUUUAUAUCAAGUGACAUCCAGCAGCAAUACAAAACGUCACCAAGUGAAGGAGAAGAUACAGAGGAGAUUGAACUGAAUCUGGGACUAUCAUUGGGAGGCAGAUUUGGGGUUGACAAGUCUGCAAAUAAACUGAUACGAUCAUCUUCUAUAGCUGGCUCAAUACCACUAGCGAGAGAGAAUGAUGCAUUUAAUACACCUCCUGCGUCUUAUCCUGUCCUUAUGAGGACAUCUUCUUUGCCUACAGAGACAGAGGAGUGGAGGAAGAGAAAAGAAAUGCAGAGUUUUAGGAGAAUGGAAGCCAAGAGAAGAAGAAGCGAAAAGCAAAAGAACUUGAAUGCUAAUUGGAGAGGAGACCUGAAUUUGGAGGAAGACAGAAGGGGCUUGAAUGCGACUAGAGGGAAUUGGACACCCACAUGGACUAGGCAGGAUGUUUUCGGGGCAAUGAACCUGAAUAGGGGUACUACUUUAAAGGGAUUGGCGGGGACGCAGCAGGGUUCACAAGGGUCCGUGGAGUCUCGAGGAGGAAGCUCUUCUGGGGUGUCAGAAAUGGAAAGCAAGCCUGUUCAAGGAUCAAGCAGUGGUGGUGAAGCGAGAAGCCCUAUGAGUAAUCAAUCCUUUCAAGUUCGAAGCAAUCAAGAAGCUGUUGGUUCUUCAGGGAAAAAGAUGAGUGAAAACAUAUGCAGAACUUCCACACAAGAGAUGGAGAAUCCAUCCAAGAAGCAUGAUUCUGCUGAAAAUAGACGGAAGGAAAUUGGGACAAAUGCGGUGGAAGACAUGCCGUGUGUCUUCACGAUAGGAGAUGGUCCGAAUGGGAGGCGAGUAGAAGGCAUUCUGUACAAGUACGGUAAGGGCGAGGAAGUGAGGAUAAUGUGUGUAUGCCAUGGCAGCUUUCUCUCCCCAGCUGAGUUUGUCAAGCAUGCAGGUGGGGGUGAUGUUGAUCACCCUCUUAAGCAUAUUGUUGUAAAUACUUCAGUUAGUUCCCUUUUUUAACCGAAUAUUCAUGUCACCCCCCUUGAGAGAGAAUUUUUAGAAGAUAGAUUUUAUUUUAUUUGUUUCUUUUUUGAAAUUCUUGACAGAAAACAUAAUAUAAUUUACUAGUUUUCCAUGGUUUGGAAGAAACUUUCAGCUGGUCUGCUAAAA